ACGCUGUGGGACAACAUGAGUUUUUAUAAACACUUGCACGUGCUGUGUGAGUCUCUCAACUUUGUUGCAUCUCCCAAUAAAUAAUAAUAAUAAUAAAACGCCGGUUUGGGCGGAAAAAAAUAAUAAUUCGACGGCACUGUAAACGCAUUCUACAAAAAUUAAUAAAGAACCAACAAAAAGCCAAAGAACGUAUGAACGCAAAAUGAACAGCCUCUGGAUGGGUAAUCUGGAGCCCUACAUGGAUGAAGAGUUCAUCUUCAGAGCUUUUGCUCAUAUGGGAGAAACAGUGAUGAAAGUCAGACUGAUCCGAGACAAAAUAACCGGGCAAAAUGCAGGCUAUGGCUUCGUGGAGCUGAUGGAUGAAACCUCAGUAGAGAGAUGUCUCCGCAAAGUGAAUGGAAAACCUUUGCCUUUUGCCACACCUCCUAAGAGGUUCAAGUUGAGUCGUGCCACCUACAGCAAACAUGGUGACAGCUGCUCUACUUUCUCCCUCUUCGUCUCGGAUCUCACCCCAGACGUGGAUGAUGGCAUGUUGUAUGAGUUCUUUCAUUUUCAUUUUUCAUCCUGCUGCAGUGGGAAGAUCGUUCUGGAUGGCAGUGGAUACUCCAAGUGCUGUGGCUUUGUGAGCUUCGAGAGCGAGAGAGAGCAGAAGCGGGCUCUGGCUGAACUCCAGGGCACUUCAGGACUCGGGAGGAAACCUUUACGCCUCAGUCUGGCUGCGAAGAAACUGAAGAAGAAAGAGUUGCCCGAGAACCAAAAUGGUCAGCUCCAUGCAGAAAGCUACAACAGCCAUAACUUGUAUCUGAACCAGUAUUAUUACCCACAGUCUGCAUAUGACUGGAACUAUGAUUACAGCUACAUAGAUCCUUCACAGAGCAUCGCACAGGUUGAAGAGAUAGAAGAUGAUGGCCUAGAGUAUCCAGACUCUGAGAUAAACGUGAUGGAGGCGAAUGAGAGGUUUAUGGAGCAGAGUGAGGAACUGUACAGUGCUCUAAUGGGAUGUUUCUUCCAGCCUCCCGAGUCUUGGGACGGGGUCACCUGUAGCGGGACAUGUUACCUCCCAGAGCCAAUUUAUCAGUAUGAGGAGAUGGACUGAGCAUAUGUAUUCUCAUGUGAUCAUAUUUACUGUUUGUUUAUGUUACAGAGAACCCAUUAUUAAGGGAACUGAGAGUGAAUUAAAAAUAGUAACAUUAGUUAAUUUUUUUUUUUUUUUUUAAGAAUGCAGUUUAUGCAUGUAUGUGAUUGGUAGAUGUGUAUAAAUGAAAUUAACUCAGGUUUGUUUGAUGGGAAAAGUGCAUAGUACGUCAUAAGUUUAGUAAAAUAAAUAACUGCAGUUCUGGUUUAAA